GGACAAACCGAGGAAGACUGAGAGUCAGACGGUAAAGAGGAAAUUGCUCGUAGCGGUUGAUUCCUCGAAGUCAAAUAACGUGGGAAAGGGACCACAGGACGCAUGUAGCCACAACACAAUAGUGCCAAGGUCGCUUUUGAGGCUUGAAGAUGGGUUGUGUGCGGAGUAAAGAGGAUAAAAACGCAGCGUUGAAGUACCAGCCCGCCAACACCAAUGCCACUCCGAUCAGCUCCCACCUGGGGCACUACGGGCCGGACCCCACCCUCAUGGGGCACUCUCCAGCCAUGAAGUCCCUCAACAACAGCUACAACGCCGGGGCCUCGCUCACGCCGUUCGGGGGGGCCUCCUCCGCCAUGGCCCCCUUUGGAGGAGCGUCCACCUCUUUCACAUCUGUGGCCGUCAGCAGCCCCUUCCAGACCGGAGUCAUCACAGGUGGUGUGACAUUUUUCGUUGCCCUGUAUGAUUAUGAGGCGAGGACAUCGGAUGAUUUGUCAUUCAAAAAGGGCGACCGCUUCCAGAUUAUCAACAACACGGAAGGCGAUUGGUGGGAGGCUCGAUCCAUCAACACGGGACAGAAAGGUUAUAUCCCCAGUAACUAUGUGGCCCCAGCAGACUCCAUACAGGCAGAAGAAUGGUACUUCGGUAAAAUGGGCAGAAAAGACGCAGAGCGGCUUUUGCUACUUCCAGGAAACCAACGGGGCACUUUCUUGGCACGAGAGAGUGAAACAACCAAAGGUGCCUAUUCAUUGUCUAUUCGCGACUGGGACGAGAUAAAAGGAGACAAUGUCAAACACUACAAGAUCCGAAAACUGGACAGCGGAGGUUAUUACAUCACCACUCGGGCCCAAUUUGAGACGCUACAGAAGCUGGUGAAACACUACACAGAACAUGCAGAUGGCCUGUGCUACCGCCUGACCACCGUGUGCCCCACAAUAAAGCCUCAGACUCAGGGUUUGGCCAAAGACGCCUGGGAGAUCCCCCGAGAGUCUCUGCGCCUGGAGCUCAAACUGGGACAGGGCUGUUUCGGGGAAGUCUGGAUGGGCACAUGGAACGGUACAACUAAAGUGGCCAUCAAAACUCUGAAACCAGGAACCAUGUCUCCAGAAGCUUUUCUACAAGAGGCCCAGAUCAUGAAGAAGCUCCGCCAUGACAAACUAGUCCCUCUCUACGCUGUGGUGUCAGAAGAGCCUAUUUACAUCGUAACAGAGUUUAUGGGCAAAGGCAGUUUAUUGGACUUUCUGAAGGAGGGUGACGGUAAAUAUCUGAAGCUGCCCCAGCUGGUGGAUAUGGCUGCUCAGAUUGCAGACGGCAUGGCGUUCAUUGAGAGGAUGAACUAUAUCCACAGAGACCUGAGAGCUGCCAACAUCCUGGUGGCUGAUAACCUGGUGUGUAAGAUCGCAGACUUCGGUUUGGCUCGGCUCAUCGAGGACAACGAGUACACGGCCAGACAAGGAGCUAAAUUUCCCAUCAAGUGGACGGCCCCUGAAGCAGCUCUGUACGGACGCUUCACCAUCAAAUCAGACGUGUGGUCAUUUGGGAUACUACUGACUGAGCUGGUGACCAAGGGCAGAGUACCAUACCCAGGCAUGGUGAACCGGGAGGUCCUGGAGCAAGUGGAGAGAGGGUACCGCAUGCCGUGCCCACAAGGCUGCCCUGAAUCCCUGCACGAAAUGAUGCGCCUCUGCUGGAAGAAAGAGCCAGACGAGAGGCCCACAUUUGAGUACAUCCAGUCCUUUUUGGAAGACUACUUCACUGCCACUGAACCCCAGUACCAGCCCGGGGACAACCUAUAAGAGGCCAGUGAGGAGAGGGCCAUAGCAAGAACACGAGCUUCCAUACCAGAAUGGGAUUUUUGGAUUUUAAACGGACAAAGAGCUACAAAUUAUCACAAAAUUGUAUGCAGACUUGUCCCGCAUAUGUACCCAGGGACCAAGCAUGUUUGGGUGAUGUCCAUCUGUCCAGAUUGGUGCUGGUAGAAAAAAAACAUAAGAGCUCUGGGAGAAAGUUAUCCUACAGACUGGCCACAACACUGUGAGGCAUUUUUACAUUCAAAAAUCAAACUUGCAGCCACUUGCAAAUGCAGUUUUUUAAAGAUUUUCAACAAAUUUUCUCCACUUGUUUUUAUAUUGUUUUAGCAUGGGAUUUUUUUUUUUUUUUUUUUAUAAAGAAUGAAUUGGUUGGAAAGUUUUAAAGAGACCAAUCACAACGGUACAAGUAUGUGAAGUGACUGUUAGGAAAUUAUUGAGUAAAAUAAAUGGACAAAAGCAUACGGAUGCAGCAGUUGUACAAAAUGUGGAAAAAAAUGUAUUUGAGCAGCGGGUGUAAGUUGGUGAAUGAAUGAAAUCUUUAGUUACGGGGUAAUUUUAACAAAUCAACUUGUUUUACGAUGUAUCGAGAACUUGAAAUCCUUCACAGCUACGGUGACAAUGUACCACUGCAGAAAGAAAUCUUGUGUUAUCAUUGUUUUAAAAUAGACAUGUGACAACUGUGAAACUUAAGUAAGAUUUUUUUUUCUCUCUUAAAUUGUUUAAUGCACAAAUAUAAAGACUAACUUGCACAUAGCUACACAAUAGCCUUGCAAUAAAUGGUACAAAUGAGUCAAAAUUCAUUAGCUGUAAACUUUUUCUAUAUUUUUUGACAAUUUUUUUGGUACAAAAAGAUAUUUUGUUUUAGGACAGGUGACAGAAAGAAAUCCCCUGAAAUAUUAACGUCAUUAAGCUGGUUCAUGUUUUAUGGAACGAGGUGCUAUUUGUCUUUGUCUCACCCCCUUUGAGAUGAUGGAUGACUUUGUGAGUGAAGUAACUGAACCAAAAAAAACCUCUGCAACCAGUGGCCGAUCUGGGCGCCCUUUUACAUCCAAAAUCUACAUCAGAAAUUAUAACGUGCAGAGUCCAGCAGGGAAUGAGUGAAAGUGAUGUUAAGACCUCUUGACUUGUUCUACGUGAUUUGAAAGAUUGGAAAAAGAUGUGAACAAAUUGUAUUUUUUCUGAUUUUAUUGUGAGAACUCAAAGUGUGACUGUUGUUAAAGAAAAUGGGGACAUGGAACUAGUCUAAGGCGGAAAUAUUGAUAAUUGUAGUAACUAAUAAUAUGAUUUUUGUACAGAAAAAAAUAAAAGUUUUACUUAAAGAAGACUA